AUGAGUAUUUUAGCAAAUCAACAGGGAAUGUUUGCAUCAAAUGGACAAAAUGCCCCAAAAUUACCCUUAACAGAAAAUGUCCCAAAAACUGGAAUAGUUAUUAAAUAUUUACAAAAAGGAGAAGAUCCUUAUGUUUUUGAUGAAGUGGAUUGCCCUCUUGCUAAAAAUGCAGAUGAGCAAAUAUUCGAGAGUGAAGAAUUUAGAGAGGUAAAUGUAAUAGUAUAAAUAUUGUUGGAAACAUACGAAUAAAAAUUGAUGGCGGAUAACCGAGCAGCAGCUAGCUUUGAUGGACUUUAAUUUUUAAUUCAAAGUUGGAUGGCCCUUUUGCCUCAUUUGGGAGGCAUUUGCCCCCUAUUUGACCUUCUCGCCCCCUUUUUGAUCUUUUCUGAAAAAGGAAGAAAUCUGUUCGACAAA